GGGCGGGGCCCCACUGAACCUGGAAGCGGCGGCUGCAGCGGGAGCCGGCGCGCGGCGGCGGACCCGGGUGCAGCAUGUGGCCGGAGGUGCGGGGGGCGCUGCGGGGCGCCGUGGGCGAGGUGCUGGGGGGGGCCCCGGCCCGACGCAGGGCAGGAGUCUGGGGGCCCCAGGAGCUCGUCCCAAGGAAGAGAGGUGGCACAUCGGGUCCAAACGGGGCCCCCCAGCAGCCCCCAGACGUGUCUCUGUUAGGGGGACCCCCCCCAGCUCCAAGGGCUUCUGGCCAGUCUGCUCCUCCCCCCAUGCCCGCAGCACACACCGGCCCCGGGUGCCCCGGUCUCGGCCCCGGCCGGCUUUUCCACCGAGACGCGGCGCUGGGAGCCCUCGCGGCCGACGACAUCCGCAGAGCCCGGGAGGCCAGGCGGAAGGUGGGCCCGGAGGAGGCGGCUGGGGCUCCUAGGCAGAAGCUCAGCGAGAGAGCCCGGGAGCGGACGGUGCCUGCGUCGCGCGUCGGUCGGCUCGCCAGCUUCGGAGGUCUGGCGGUGGGGCUGGGCAUCGGGGCCCUGGCAGAGGUGGCCAAGAACUCGCUCAAUGGGGAGGCGAAGCCGAGGGACGGCAGCGGCUCCGUCCUGGGCUCCAGCCCCUUCCUGUCGGAGGCCAACGCGGCACGGAUCGUGGACACGCUGUGCAAGGUGCGGGGCGCCGCCCUCAAGAUCGGGCAGAUGCUGAGUAUCCAAGAUAACAGCUUCCUCAGUCCCCAGCUGCAGCGGAUCUUCGCGCGGGUGCGGCAGAGCGCGGACUUCAUGCCGGCCUGGCAGACCAGGAGGGUGCUGGCAGAGGAGCUGGGGCAGGACUGGCGGGAGAAGGUGGCCUCCUUUGAGGAGACGCCCUUUGCAGCGGCGUCCAUCGGCCAGGUGCACCUCGGGGUGCUCCGCGACGGGACGGAGGUGGCCAUGAAGAUCCAGUACCCGGGCAUAGCCCAGAGCAUCCGGAGCGACGUGGAGAACCUGCUGGCGCUGCUGAGGCUCAGCGCGGUGCUCCCGGCGGGCCUCUUCGCUGACAACACGCUGCGGGUGCUGCAGAGAGAGCUGGAGUGGGAGUGUGACUACCGGCGCGAGGCCGACUGCGCCCGGAGCUUCAGGCAGCUCCUGGCCGGCGACCCUUUCUUCGAGGUGCCCAGGGUGGUGGGCGAGCUGACGACGCAGCGGGUGCUGACCAUGGAGCUGGGGAGCGGCGUCCCCCUGGAUCAGUGCCAGGAGCUGCCCCAGGACGUCCGGAACGAGAUCUGUCUCAACGUCCUGCACCUCAGCCUGCGGGAGCUCUUCCACUUCCGCUUCAUGCAGACGGACGCCAACUGGGCCAACUUCUUCUACGACGCUGGCAAGCACCAGGUGACCUUGCUGGAUUUCGGAGCAAGCCGGCCCUUCAGCAGAGAGUUCACCCAUCACUACAUCGAGGUGGUGAAAGCUGCCGCCGACGGGGACAGGGCCAAGGUGCUCCAGAAAUCCAAAGACCUGAAGUUUGUGACGGGCUUUGAGACCAAGGAGUUUGAGGAGGCGCACGUGGACACGGUGAUGAUCCUGGGGGAGCCUUUCUCCACCCCGGGACUCUUUGACUUCAGCGGCCAGAGCACCACGCGGCGGGUGCAGGCCCUGAUCCCCGUCAUGCUGCGCCACCGGCUGACGCCGCCCCCCGAGGAGAGCUACGCCCUGCACCGCAAGCUGGCCGGCUGCUUCCUGCUCUGCGCCCACCUGCGUGCCCGCAUCCCCUGCCACGGCCUCUUCCAGGAACUCUACGGGCAGUACUGGGCCCGGGAGCGGGGAGCCUAGCGCCGGGGCGGGGCCUGGGACCCCACACCGGACCUCCCUGCACCCAGCCCCUGGCUGAUCUGCAGCCCCGAGCGACCGGAGCCCUCGCUGCCGUGGGCUGGGAACUCGGCCGAGCUCUGGGGGCCGUCUGCCCGCGGCCCUGCCAGGCCGUGCCCGCGAGCGUCGCUGUCCUGCGCAUUAAAUCCUGGCACCUGGGCUGGGCCUUGUCGAUUUCUUCUCCCGACGCUCCCCCCUCCCCGAGUCGGAGGUCCCGGUUCCACGUGCCCCCCCUUCCCCCGCUACUGCUGCCCCCACAGAGAGGGCUGCGGGGGGCAGGGCUGGCCCAGCUGGUUGCGGGGCACUUGGGGGGCAGAGUCCUACGGCCCCCAGCUGGUUCCUGCAGAGCCAGGCAGACACAUAAACGCGAUGCCCAGUUUAGGGUUCCCCCCCCCGUUGGGCCCCCGUCUUUGCAGCCCCUCCCACCCCCAGCUCUGCACCAUCCCUGUGUCCCAGAUUCCAGCCCCGUGACGGCGGCAGGCGCUUCUGGUCUCUUUCCAAGGCUUUGAUCUCCCGUCUUCAGCCCCCACCCGCCGGGCGCGCAGGACUGGGGCCAAUCCCCAGAGCAGGGAGCGAACGGGGCCCGGCCGGCUGCCCAGGGCCUCAGCCAGCGCCUCCCAGCACCGCGAGGGAGCCGAUUCCGGGAACUGCCGAAUCCCCGGGGAGCCCAGCCUGCC